GUUGAGCGGAGGGCACCAAUGAGUAGAGAACACACGACAUUGACUAAUUUUGAUUCUCUACCACACCGAUGUAUCUCAACAUCAACUUUUGCAGUGUUGAAACGGCAGCCUGAAGCCUGACCUGGCACUAGUGGCAGGUUUUGUCGAAGCGGGUAGCCAACAUUAAGGAUGAGGCACGAGAAAUGGAAGGACAAAGGACCGAGUUCAUCCAGUAGAAGAGCUCGCGGAGCAUCGUCACAGUUUCUUGUUCCAUCGCCAUCGCCGUCAACGACUCUGCGUGCUGUUUUCCUUUUGCUUGCUACAGGAGAACGAUGCGCAGCGACGAGUACAACGUCAGAAGAGGUCGGUAGCCCAGCAUUUACGCAACUCUACUCCCAUGUUGAUGAAUAUGGAAGCGUCAGGUUUGAAAUCGUCAAAGUUGAAAUAGAAAUAGUUUGUCACGCAUAAAAUGCAGCCCACAAAGUGCCUGUCUUGCAGGGUAGGCAAGUGACGCAGAUUGUAAGCCUGUUGAGGGGUAGACACUGAGCUGCUAAAGUAGCAUGACAAAAGGCGUCUUCCUUACCCAAACAGCAUGACAAACUGGAUUUCGGCUCUACCCAAAUUUGUCAUGCGCCACUUCGAAACUGGGUCACCACGUUCAUCCAUUUUAUGCAUUACAAGUUACUUUCAACUCUGACGAUUUCAAUCCUGACGAUUUCAAUCCUGACGUUUGCAUAAUGAAGAAAACGGAUCCCAGGAUGACAAUUUUCAGCGAAAACUUCUGGUGUGUAAUGCCGUCGACCCAGGAGCGACUCCUCAUUACGCAGGAGCAACGCCCGACAGUUCGGUAGGGAAAAAGCACCAGGAGGACGGGGAUUCUGGCGAGCUUUUUCUGGAGAAGAACCAUAAGCGCACGAAAUCCAACCAGCCACUGCAGUUCCGCGAGUGCCGCUUUAUUAGCGGAAAAAUCAAGCCGAAAGAUGAGAUCGGGUUCACGUGGUGGAGAACGGCGCCAGUCGACACCGGGGGAGAAAAGAUAACUGAUGUUGUUGUACCAGCGCGCGGCAGAACCACUGAUCCGGGGAGGAGUUCUUUUCGUGAAAUAUACACAACAACAAAUAACGAUCAUGAUCGUACAACUGGUACCUCCUCAUUCGGCACCUUCGAGAUUAGCGAGCAGCUUCCGCAGCAAGAUUCGGUAUUGCUGCUGAUCGUCCAGAAGAGCGUCGUCAGUGGCGUUUUGGACUUCCAAUCCUUCGCUUUUGGGUCUACCGACGAGUACACGAAGGAAGCCCAAGUCGCGUUUCUGAACGCGGCGGGGGAUCGUGGUCUGCUUUCGACCGAAUUGCGGAACGAAGUAGACGACGACGAACGAAGUGGACGCCCGGACGGCACACCUCGUACUAGCCUCCACGGGCCCGACGGUGCACCAGGUGCCAGAGUAUCAAAUCAGAUCUUGCUCUCAGACUUAAAAACGAAAGGGAAGCUGACCCGGCAGGAAUCCGUGUCGUUCAACAAGGUGUAUGCCGUCCACCCGGGCGAUUACGAGCUGCAAUUGAAGGAGCCGCGGUUUGGAAGUGGUGGAGGAGCAGCAAGAUCGGCUUCCAGGAGUGCUGGUAGCAACGUCGGAGAUGUUGAAAGUAGAAGAGCACCCGGACGAUCUUCUGAUCCUCGUGAUACAGCACGACACUCUUCGCAUUCAACUCCAACGACGAAGUUACGCCUUUCCGCCGGGAAGGAUUAUGUCGUAUUCAAGACGGGAUAUGGCGAAACCGCGCGGCUCACUGUUUUCCCAGAUGAGUACAAGCUGGAUCUUCUCUCGACUGGUUUCCUGUUUGGCAAAUCAACCGACGGGAGCGGAAAGAACACGGCCCCUCCCUUUCUGCAACUCCUCAUCGCGAUUGCGUACUGCGGGCCGAUUUGUGCGCUCCUGUAUUGGAUGGUUGACAGAACACAGUUGUGGUGGCAACUGCGCAGUCUGAGAGAAAAGCGCAAAAAAGACGAGGGGAUGGAUGUGGGGAUCGAGAAGUUUCACGACAAGCUGCACAAUGAACCCUUGCGUGCGGGGGAACAAAUAAAUGUUGCCGUUGCUGGCUUGACUCAUACGAAGAAACCGAUCGAUGAGGUGUGAGCUGUUGCACCACCGCUGUGCGCCGGGAGAUUGUAAGCUUGCAAAAUGAAUACGAAUAGGAAUAUGAAAUAAGUUUCAAAAAGAGAAGCUGCGGAAUGGUUUGAAUAGAGUCGUCGUUGUUUCAAGAAACAGAAACAAAAGCGCAGCAUUUUUGAGUAGGUUCAGCUUAGAUAUAACAGUUUCAGUAGUUUCAGCAGUAUCACUCUUUCUGGGACAGGCUACAAGGAAGUGUUGUACAAAAUGGGCUUCUACUGCAGCCUCCAUUGCUGUUUAGUCGAUCCUUCUUCCCGGUGUUGGCCAUGGUUCCUGCUUGUAGCCGCGCUACUGCGGACGUUGUUUCGAAGCGAUGCUGUCUAUCGUGUGACCACUUUUUU